AUGUUAUCCACCCGCUGUGUUGCGAGGUCCCUUGCGCUCUUCCUCGUCCUGGCACUUUCUUUGGUGGAAUGUGAGCAUGGGAGAAAUUGGUUGCAGAGAGACAUACCAUCUUCCUUCUUCAACGGCCCCCGCGCAAGGAGUUUGCUUGCAUACCAAAGGCCAGGCCUUCGGGGAGGGCAAGACGACGGCCAGAGUCCGGUCGGUCUGCUCCAGAAUGCGUUGAAGGGCAUGCGAUUGGGCGCGCAGGGGAUGGCGAGGGAGGGAGGAAAGACAAACACUUCAGUAGCUUCUGCUGCAAGCCAUUCUGAUGCGGUCCCUGAGGACACCGAGACGGGUGAAGGGAGCUCGCAAGCUGCUCCUGAAGAGCAGGAUGCCAAGGAGAAGGCCAAGGAGAAUGAAAAGGCAGAUCAAGCUGCGAAACCUGUGAAGGAUGAGCGGUUGCAAGCUAUCAGGAGUCUGAUCCGGCAGCAGCUUCAGAGCGAGGGGAAGGACACGACCAAGAAGCCUGAAGUUGCACCCAAGGAGAAUGAAGUCCAGCACAGCAAGCAACAACCUCCGGCGAAACAAGAGGAGGAUGGGGAGGACGACGAGGAGGGCGAGAACAAUCUCCCGAUGCAGAUCCUCUCGUUUGCUCUGCGCCGACCGUUCCUGACGAUGAUGCUCAUCGACACGGCCAUCGAGACCCUCAAGUCCAAAAGGAUCCCGAAGAGCUGCAUCCUUGAGAUUGACCUUGGAAAGAUUCGGGUCACCAGUGGAGAAGUCGAGAUCGAGUCGUACUUCGAGGCUCUUCAGUACCUCGAUGAGCCCGCCAUCUCUGUGCGAGGGAUCGUACAAGCGUUGGAUCGUGCGGCUACAGACAGACGAGUAAAGGGGAUCAUCGUACAUAUUCCUGCUGAGUCAGCGAGAAAGACAGGGUUUGAUUUUGCGACUGUCCAAGAGUUGCGAGAUGCGAUCAUUAGGUUCCGAUCCCAUGGAAAGAUCGCCGUUGCCUGGGCAGAAAGUUUUCCAGAGGGAGGAAGAGGAAACCUGGACUACCUCCUCGCAUGCAGCUGUCAGCUUGUGUUCUUGCAGCCUUCAGGGUCUUUGUCCCUGUCGGGAUUCAACAUAGAAGUCUCCUUCUACCGAGAGCUGCUGGAUCGGCUCAAGAUUCUUCCGCAGUUUGGAGGGAGAGAAGAAUACAAGAGCGCGAUGAACAGUUACACCGAAAAACGGUUCACACGAGAGCAGAGGGAGAACCUGAACUCUCUGCUGCAGUCCUGGUACGAACAACUGACGGGCGGAAUCUCCGAAUCUCGCAACAUCUCCGUGGCCCAACUCAAGAGCAUUAUCGACAAGCCUCCCAUGUUCGCUGCAGACGCGCUGGAUGCAGGGCUGGUCGAUGCUCUCCUGUACCGUGACGGAGUCUACAAUGCGGUGAGGAAGCUGGCAAAGGAAGGACCUGCUUGUGUCGUUCCUCACUGGAAGUCGAUGAAGUUUCACUGCAAUGCGUCCAUGCUGUUCAAUAACAAGUUCGGGGACAUCUGCCUUGCUGGGGGCGAUCAGGAAGAAAGAUUUUGUAGCUGGUUGAACGGCAGCUUGCAGCUCGAUGACGACGCGCUGACCGUUCGCGGUAGCCGUCGGGAAUGGUCGAGGCCAGUCAACCUCUUGUCAAAAGUCGAGAAGAGGUCAAGAGACGAGCUGAAGAUCUUCUUCUCUAACGAUACGGAAGUCUUGCAGCUGAAGUUCCCUUGCAAUCACCCGGCCAACGGGUGGAAGAACUCGCACGCGUGCGACCGGGACUCUCUCUACACCCUGAUCAAGAGCUACCUGAAGCACAGCCAGGCCAAGGUCAACACAGACGAAGUCAUGAAGAAGCUGAAGCUCGUCCCGUGGACUCUGUCGCCCAAGUACGAUAAGCAGGAGGAACAGCCGGGCAUUUUCAGAGCUUUCCUCUCCUCCGCCAUGAGGUUCUUGGGCCUGAUGGUGCCGGACAACGACUCCUCUCUCCUGUACGUCCACAAGUACGCGGAUCGGGUUGACACCAGUCUCUUCAAGCGGCUCCUGGACGGCUUGAAGCCUCGCAUCGCCUUUGUGCAUGCCUGCGGGGAUAUCAUCUGUGGAGAGAGCUCCUCCUCCUCCGUCGGCGCUGACUCGCUCUGUCGCACGCUGAGAGAAGUGCGCGGCGACAGGAAGGUGAAGGCUGUGAUCAUUCGCGUUGACUCCCCGGGAGGUUCAGCCCUGGCGAGCGACACCAUGUGGAGGGAGAUCAUGCUGAUCCGUGCCAAGGGGAUCCCAGUGGUGGUGAGCAUGGGCAGCAUGGCAGCGUCGGGCGGCUACUUCAUCAGCGCCCCUGCCAACACAAUCAUAGCCCAGGAAGGGACCAUAACAGGGUCUAUAGGAGUGCUGAGCGGGAAGAUGGUCCUAGGGAGCUUCUUCGCCGACCUGAUCGGAGUGACUCACGACAGCAUCACGUUGGGCAAGUUUGCGGCCAUGGAGAGCUCGCUUCGUCCCUUCUCGGAGGAGGAGAGGAAAGUGUUCGAGGAGUCUCUAGAUCGGACGUACAAGGACUUCCUGUCCAAGGUCGCACUGGGACGAGGAACAGCGGUGUUGAAGGCAAGGGCGGACCUCGUGGAGAAGAACAUCCAGCUGCAGCUCAGCUCUGCCAGCGUCGUGAACUUCUGUGGGCUGGAGCAGCUGGCGUCCAUUGGGCUCAAGGAGAAGCUCGACCACGUGCGUCGGCUGAGGGAGGAAGCGUCAGCUCUCUCCGUGCUGAGAGUCUGCAGUCAAGCUGAGAAAGCAGAGGCGAAGGCUGUGAACGUCGUGAGCAAUGUGCUGCGAUGGCUGACGAUGAAGCGCUCGAGCGAAGAGGAGGAGCGGAACCUGGCUGCGAGCUUUGAUCCCUCCAACGUGUCAGCUGUGGAGCUGCAGACCGUUCGGUUGAUCGCAGGAGGGCGAGUGUGGACGGGGCAAGAGGCUAAAGAGCGAGGGCUGGUGGAUGAACUCGGAGGAAUCCAUGCGGCGAUCGAUGCCGCAAAGAAGUUUGCCAAGAUCCCAGCUCGGAGGAGUGUGGACGUGAGGUUGUAUCCGCGAAGGAGAAGAUCGAUCUGGUUGAGCAGGUUCCUCGACGCUGAGAGCCCCGACAACAGCCAGGGGACAGGGUUCCUGACGAUGAAGAGCGCCGGCAAGGGAGGAGGGCGGGGGCAUCUGCUGAAGAUGGAGGACGGGCUAGUGCAGGGCCUGUCAAGGAUGUGGGAUGAGCCCGAGAGGAGGGGCGGGAACAGAGUCUUCGAAGACCUGCAGGGAUGUCAGUUGAAGGAGGAGGAAGUUCUGCGCAGGCUACAUGAGACUCCCCUAGAGAGGCUUGCUGGCAGCCUGCUUGCUAUCGCUUCUCUCCCCCUCAAGACGCUGAGGCUGGCGAGCUGGCCGCUGAGGAGCCUGUUACGUUAG